AUGGAUGCUCAGGUCGAGAGCGCCAUCCAAAUUGCCUUUGACCCCCGGGCCGACCAGAACCUCAAAGGACAGGCCUAUGAAUUUCUGCAACAACUGCGCGACGAUGCCUCGGGCUGGCAGGUCUGCCUAGCCCUCUUCACUCGCAACCCUCCACCGGAAGAAGUUGUGCGCCAUGUCUGCCUAGAGCUGGUCAGCCAUAAUGUUCAGGCUGGCCGUCUGGACGAGCAGAGUCUGUCAUAUGUCAAGGACCAACUUAUGACCUACAUCCACCACACUUUUGCGAACCAAGCAAACCGUACCGACUCGCCCAGUAUCCAGAACAAGCUCACUCAGACCAUCACAUACCUCUUCACCUCUCUCUACGCCACCGCCUGGCCCACCUUCUUCGAAGACUUCAGGUCUCUGGCUGGCGAUGCAGACACAAUUGGCUCCGGCAACCCCCAAGGAACCAUUCUGUAUCUUCGUAUCAUCAACUCGAUCCACGACGAAAUCGCCGAUGUCCUGAUUCCUCGCACUCCCGAAGAGCUGAAACGUAAUGCCGAUCUCAAAGACUAUGUACGCACGCGCGACGCACAAAACAUCUCUACCUUUUGGCAACAAGUACUCGCAAGGUGGAGACAAAUCGAUCUUGGUAUUGUUGAGCUGUGCCUUCGUUGCGUCGCACGAUGGGUCAGUUGGAUUGACAUCUCGCUUGUCGUCAACCAGAACAUGCUCAAUUUCUUGCUCGAGAUCGCAGGACAGCCCGACAUUUCAUCAGCGGAGAGUCCCCAAGCAAAGAUUCGCGAUGCCGCCAUUGACACUUUCACCGAGAUUGUGGCCAAGAAGAUGCCUAGCCAGGACAAAAUACAACUCAUCUCAUACCUCAACCUGGCCAACGUCGCCGGUCAGCUUGUUGCUAGCCCUGCUCUGAACCAGUCUCGGGGUAGCUCGACCUACGAUAACGACCUGGGUGAAACCGUGGCGAAGCUUGUCAACAACGUCGUCUUCGAUGUCGUCAAGGUCCUCGACUCGGAAGGCCUCGAUGCCAACACUGCUGCACAAGCAGACGAGCUCCUCCAGCUCUUUGUUCCAUACCUCCUGCGCUUCUUCUCGGAUGAAUACGACGAAAUCUGCUCCGCCGUCAUUCCCUCGCUCACCGACCUGAUUACUCUCUUCCGCGUCUUAUCCAAGCGUGGAGCACUUCCCGAUCACUACCGCCAAAUGCUGCAACCUAUCCUCGAUACCAUAAUUCUCAAGAUGAAGUAUGACGAGACGGCGGACUGGGGUUCGGAGGACGAUCAGACAGAUGAGGCGGAGUUCCAAGAGCUGCGCAGGAGGCUUCAUGUCCUUCAGCAGGCUGUGGCUGCAGUUGACGAGAACAUGUACAUGAACACACUGAGCAGAGUCGUUGCUACAACCUUUAACCGAAUCUCAUCAGACAACAAGCCCAACUGGCGAGAUCUGGAUUUGGCCUUGUACGAGAUGUACCUCUUUGGCGAAUUAGCUAUCAAGAAUGGUGGCCUAUACCAGAAAAGCACUCCCUCUAGCACUGCGUCGCAACAUCUCAUUGAGAUGAUGACCAAGCUCGUCGAGUCUGACAUUGCUUCUUACCCUCACCCUGCGGUUCAACUCCAGUACAUGGAUAUCUGCGUAAGAUACUGCGUCUUCUUUGAGCAGAACACGGACAGUAUCGCACGUGUUCUUGAGAACUUUGUCCGCUUUGUGCAUAGCGACCAUGUCAAGAUCAAGACUCGCUCAUGGUAUUUGUUUUUCCGUUUUGUCAAGCAACUGCGUAGUCAGCUCGGAAACGUCGCACAGACUGUCAUUGAAACUGUCGCCGAUCUUCUGAUCAUCCACGCUGAAGUUCCAAAGGAAAGCGACGAUGAUGACAUGUCAUCUGAAGAGAACGAUCAAUCUGCAGACGCCGUCUUCACCAGUCAGCUCUAUCUUUUCGAGGCUGUCGGAGCUAUUGCAUCCACAUCCUCGGUACCACUGGAGAACCGUAUGCUCUACGCCCGUACUCUUGUCGGCCCCCUGGUUGCAGAUCUGGAGCUUCACCUUCCUGUGGCCAAGAAUGGCGACGAGCGGGCAAUCAUUCAGGUCCACCACAUUAUCCAGGCAGUCGGAACAUUAGCGAAGGGCUUCUGUGACUGGAUGCCUGGCAACUCAUCAGGAGCACCUCCACCCUCGGAGUUGGGCAACGAGUUCUUGGCAGCUGGUGAGGCCGUGUUAACCGCGCUCGAAUCUCUCAAAAACUCCAUGCUCAUUCGCACUGGUGCUCGCUUUGCUUUUUCGCGCAUGCUAGGUGUGCUCGGCUCGGGUAUCUUGCAAAAGUUGCCAAGAUGGAUUGAUGGUCUGCUGUCGCAGUCCUCCACUAAGGAUGAGAUGGCUACGUUCCUCAGACUGUUGGACCAGGUCGUGUUCGGCUUCAAGACGGAAAUUAUCGACAUCCUUGACCAACUGCUUACUCCUCUUCUCCAGAGAGUACUUGCAGGUCUGUCAGAACCUACCACCGGUACUGACGAUGCAAUCCAACUUGGUGAACUGAAGAUGCAAUACCUGCAAUUCGUUCUUGUCAUCCUGAACAACGACCUCGCGCCUGUCCUGGUGAGCAGUGCCAACCAGCAGACCUUUGAAACUAUCCUCACUACCAUUGAGCACUUCUGUCGUGAUCCCUCCGACUAUCCCACUGCUCGUCUUUCUCUCGCUGUCUUGAGCAAGAUGACACAGGUAUGGGGCGGACCUGAUCUUACCAUUCCAGUCCCGGCAGGUGCUCCUCAAUCCGCUGCACCGACCGUGCCUGGUUUCGAUACCUUCAUCAUGCAACGCUUCUCUCCUCUCUCGUGGGCCCUCGUCUCGUCCCCGUCCUUCCAACCAAAGGAUGCUCAAGCACGCAGCUACCUCACAGAAGCCGCCACCUUGCAAUGGACCAUCCUCCGCAAAUGCGGUGCAGCCUACGAAGCCCACUUGCGAGAUUCGGAAAUGUCUGGACUGGGUCUACAAGCCCCCAUCAUUGAUGAAUACAUCACACACCUCGAGACCAAGGACAAGCUCGAGUUCAAAAAGUUUUUCGUUCAAUUCGUGCAGCAGGUCAGAUCAUAA